AUGGCGAUUGUUAAGAAAAAAACCAAAGUUGCGGCUAAAGCAGCUUCGCCAAAAGCCAAAAUUUUAGGGAAAGAGAAGAGUGCUCCUAAAGCAGCUGUUCAAAAGAAGAAGGUAGCCCCAAAGAAGGCAGCCCCAAAGAAGGCUGUAGAAUCACCGAAGAAAAAGAAAGUAGUAGCCAAGAAAACAGCAGGAAAAUUGUUUGAGGAAGAAGAGGAAAAUGAAGAGCCAAAAAUAACCUUCGCGGAUGGUACGAAAAAAGGAACAAAGAAAGGUAUUAUGAAGAAGGUCAAACAAGCUGAAUUGUUUGAUGACGACGACGACAAUGAUGAGGAGGGAGAUAACUCUUGGGAUAUGGGUGACGAUGGGGUUGAAGAUGAAGAGAGUGGAAGCGAUGGAGAUGAAAUGAUGGAAGACGAUUUUGGAAGUGAUCAAGAAGUAGGAGAUGAUAAGGAUGAAGAUGACUCCGACUCCGACAAUGAAGACAUCGAACAUCAGGCAAUGAAAUUAGAUAAGAAGAAGGCCAAGAUAGCAGCCGAAGGUGAAGCUGAGUUGCAACUCAACAUUGCUGGGGGCGAGAACUUUGUUCUCCCUACAUUGGAAGAGGUUGAAGAAGAAAUCAAAUCAGCCCCAAACCUUAAAAUAAUCAGAGAUAGAAUUAGAGAUGUCAUGCAGGUUUUGGGAGAUUUCGCUAAACGUAGAGAGAAGGGAAAAAGUCGUGACGACUACAUGGAAAUCUUAACUAAGGACUUGUGUAAUGUCUAUGGAUAUAAUGAGUACCUUCUCACCAAAUUCAUUCAUCUUUUCUCUGUCGGAAAUGAAUUGCUGGAAUUCUUGGAUGCUAACGAUGUUGCUCGUCCAGUUACCAUACGUACUAACACAUUGAAAACGAGAAGGGGUGAGCUAGCUAAAGCUCUUAUCAGCCGUGGUAUGAACGUUGACCCUGCCUCUACUUGGACUAAAGUCGGUCUUGUUGUUUACGACUCCCAAGUUCCAGUCGGAGCUACACCAGAAUAUCUCGCCGGACACUAUAUGAUCCAGGGUUUGAAUUCGCUUCUUCCCGUCAUGGCACUAGCCCCUCAACCAGGAGACAGAGUGUUGGAUAUGUGCGCUGCUCCAGGAGGAAAAACAUCUCACAUGGCUGCUCUUAUGAAGAACAGUGGAGUUCUCUUUGCCAACGACGCAAACCAUCAAAGAUGUAAAGCUGUUAUUGGUAAUCUUCAUAGACUUGGAGUAAAUAACGUUGUCAUCAGUAACGUCGACGGUAUGGAUUAUGCCAAGAUAUCCCCAUGCGGGUUUGAUCGAAUCCUGUUGGACGCUCCAUGUUCAGGAACAGGAGUUAUCUGGAAAGAUCAAUCUGUCAAAACAAGCAAAGACAGUCAAGACGUCCAGAAAAAACAUACUCUGCAACGUCAACUCAUUCUUGCUGCCCUAGACUCUUUAGAUGCCAAUUCUCCUAGUGGAGGAUACCUGGUUUAUUCUACUUGUUCUGUCUUGGUCGAAGAGAAUGAAGCUGUUGUUAACUUUGCAUUGGAGAAAAGAAACUGUCAACUUGUCCCAACUGGAUUAGAUGUAGGAGUUGAAGGAUUCACCAAGUUCCGUCAGUACCGUUUCCAUCCCAGUCUCAACCUAACUAGAAGAUACUAUCCACACGUUCACAAUAUUGAUGGUUUCUUUGUUGCCAAGAUCAAGAAACUCAGCAAUACUCCAUAUGGCAAGAUCACAGUUGGAAUAGUAGCUGCGGAGCGACAUGAAGAGAAUAAGGAGAGGGAGGCUGUCAACAAAGCAAAUAGGGAAGCUAAAGCUCUAGCCAAGGCAGCUCAUAAGGAUGCUCUCCUUGCUAAGAGGAUACAGAAGAAACUUAGGGAGGAGGAUGAGGAAGAGGAAGAUGACGGUGGAGAUGCAAAAAACAAAUUAAGAAAAGCAAGAAAAAUAAAAAACAGGAAGAAGAACUUGGAGAAAAUUGCAAAGGCCAUGGAGGAUGAUGGUUUCAACACCGUUGGUAAUGUGCCGAAGCCAAAGAAGAGGACAGUCACGAAGAUCAAAGUUGGCAAACGUUCCGCUGCCCGAACAGGCGCGAAGAUAAUCAAGAAGAAGAGAAAGAGACUACUAGAAAAGAUUGGCUCUGCUAACUAA